AUGGCCCCUUCGCGUGAGACGCCGGCGUCGGCGAGUCAGCCGACGACGAGACACCACGCCGACGGCGUCAAUGGCUACACGAACGGAGUCAACAGCAACGGAGUCAACGGCAACGACGGCGCGAAGACUACGCCUCCGGCCCCAAUUGCCGUUGUCGGCAUGGCCUGCCGCUUCGCCGGCAAUGUCACCAGCCCAGCCAAGCUGUGGGACCUGUGCACCGAGGGCCGCGACUGCUGGUCUCCUAUCCCCAAGGAGAGGUUUGACGUGAAAUCGCUGUACCACCCCGACAGAGAGAGGCCGGGUAGGAGUCAUGCCACCGGCGGCUACUUCAUGAACGAAGAUGUGGCCCUGUUCGACGCGGCCUUCUUCAAUUUCCCUGCCGACGUGGCCAACGAGAGAGCUGACGCCGCCAUCUGCACCCAGACCAUGGAUCCCCAGAUCCGCCUGCUUCUCGAGGUCGUAUAUGAGUCAACGGAGGACGCUGGGAUACCGAUGGAGACGCUGUCAGGCACAAACACUUCCGUCUUCUCGGGCUGUUACGGGAAGGACUACCACGAUCUCCAGACGCGAGAUCCCGAGGCCAUGCAGCCAUCCUUCUUGAUAGGGAACUACACGGCCAUGAUGUCGAACCGUAUCAGUCACUACUACAACCUUCAGGGAGCGAGCAUGUCCAUCGACACGGGCUGUUCCGCGGGGUUGGCCUGCCUGCACCAGGGAUGUCUGACUAUUCGCACCGGCGAGUCCGACGUAUCCAUUGUAGGCGCCUCCAGCACCAUGCUCAACCCCGACAUAUUCAUCGCCAUGUCAACCCUGGGCAUGGUCGGCAAAGAUGGAAGAUGCUACGCCUGGGACGAACGAGCUCAAGGCUACGGCCGCGGAGAGGGUGUCGCGGCGCUGGUGCUGAAGAGCCUGGACGCGGCGUUGCGGGACGGCGAUCGUAUCCAUGCCGUGAUCCGGGAAACGGGUCUCAACCAGGAUGGCAAGACACAGAGUAUCACGUCUCCGUCGGUCGACGCCCAGGUGCGCCUUAUACGGGACUGCUACCGGCGCGCAGGGCUGGAUCUUUCCGAGACCGGGUACGUCGAGGCCCAUAUGACGGGCACCCAGGUCGGAGACUUGGCGGAGGCGAAAGCCCUAGCCCAGACCUUUGGUACAAGCCGUCGCACAGCGGCUGAUGCCAGUGAGGCAGUUUUGGUCGGAUCUGUCAAGACGAAUAUUGGCCACACUGAAGGAGUCAGCGGGCUCGCGGCCAUAAUCAAGGCGGUCUAUGCUAUGAAGAGCAGACAGGUGCCAGCGAACCAAAAUUACGCAGUCGGAAACCCAGAGAUCAAGCUGAAUGACUGGCAUCUGAACGUGCCUGCAGGCUUGACGGCUUGGCCCAAAGACAAACCGCUGCGGACGUCGAUAAAUAACUUUGGAUAUGGCGGCACGAACGCCCAUGUCAUUCUCGAGGCGGCGCCGCUCGAAGACGCCAACAUGAAUGGAAAUGGAAACGGCCAUGCGUCAAUAUAUGGUGCGGGAAGUGAGGACGACGAUAGUUCCCGCGUCUUUGUCGUGAGCGCCAAAGACACCAACGUCGCCCGUACCAUGGCUAAGAACCUGGCUGCCCACCUGCGACUGUGCAUCGAGGACGGGGAAGAACAUUCGCUCGGUGACCUCGCCUACACACUAGCUGAGCGACGAUCCCGCCUCGACUGUGUGGCCGCCGCGAGAGCCACGACUUUGGCCGAACUCGUCGAUCGUCUAGAGAGCCCUGCUCUCAAGGUUUCUCCAGCGGCUGUCAAGAAACCACGCCUGGGCUUUGUCUUCAACGGCCAAGGGGCUCAGUGGCACGCUAUGGGCCGGGAACUGAUAAAUACUUACCCAGUAUUUGCUUCUACCCUCGCGGAAGCCGACGACGUGCUGCGUAGCUACGGCGCAGACUGGUCACUAGAAGACGGGACUGCAGCGGAGCUGAUGCGCGACGCCAAGUCCACCCGCGUCUCCGAGAUCCAUCUCAGCCAGCCCGUCACGGUUGCCCUGCAGAUCUGCCUGGUGCAGCUGCUGCGGUCAUGGGAUAUCCACCCCUCGGCGGUCGUAAGUCACUCCAGUGGCGAGAUUGCGGCAGCGUUCACUGUUGGGGCGCUCUCGUUUCGCGAAGCACUUGGCGUGGUCUACUACCGCGGCGACCUUGCGCGCAAACACAAGAACUCGUCGCCACAGGAGGGAGGCAUGGCCGCUGCAGGCAUCAGCGCGAGCGAUGCCGAGCGGUACACGGCUAAUACCACGGCGGGAGGCCGCGUGGUCGUAGCAUGUGUCAAUAGUCCCGAGAGCGUGACACUAUCCGGCGACUUAGACGACCUUGACGAAGUGGUGGAGCGCCUGGAGCGUGAUGGCUUGUUCGCGCGGAAGUUGAAGGUGCCCCUGGCAUACCAUUCGCACCACAUGUUGCCCGUGGCGUCAGAUUACACCGACAAGCUCAAGCAUAUUCUCCCACCGAAAUGUUCCUGGGAAGGUGGCAUUGUGUAUGCUACUCCUGUGACGGGCAAUCUUCUCGAUUCCCCCGAUGGCCUCACGCCCGAGCACUGGGUCCGCAAUCUCACCAGUCCUGUACUGUUCAGCGAGGCGUUCGAAGCCAUGUCCGGAAGCGUAGACGCAGUCGUGGAAGUCGGACCACAUGGCACGCUCGCGGGGCCCAUUCGGCAGAUCCUCAAUGGGAGGAAAAUGCCCCAUGUUUCAUGCCUUAAGAGACAUACGAACGCCGUCGACACGAUGCAAGACCUCGCAUGCGAUUUACUUGGGCUCGGAUAUCCCGUCUCACUGGGCGCAGUGAACGCUGUGCCCGGGUCGGGGUGUACUAACUUCGUGCCAAAUUUGCCUACGUAUGCCUGGAAUCACACGAGGCGAUACUGGGUUGAAUCCCGCGUCAACAGGGACAUCCGGCAGAAGAGGUUCCCACCUCACGAGCUUCUGGGCCUACCUGUCGCGGGUGGCACGCCUUUGACAGCCGAAUGGCGCAAUUUCUUGCGCCUGUCCGACGUGCCAUGGCUGAUCGACCAUCAGGUCGAUUCGCAAGUUGUUCUUCCUGGCGCCGCCUACAUUUCCAUGGCAGUUGAGGCAGCGCAUUUUCUGGCAGAUGAGUCUGACGUGAGCACGGAAGGGUAUCGGAUUCGUGAUGCCGAGUUUCUGAAUGCUCUCACCGUCCCGGAAUCUUCAGCCGUCGAGGUACGCCUGCACCUGCAACCGGUCGAGUCCUCCGGUUGGUAUGACUUCCGGGUCGGCUCGAUGGGAGGAUCUGGUACAUGGGUGGACAACUGCCGAGGCCAAGUUUCGAUCGUCGCGGAGCAAGAUACGUCGAAAGCCCCUUGCAGAGACCAAUUCUUCGACGUGGGAGGGGAAGUGCGAGACGUAGAUGCAUCGGACCUGGUCGCUAAGAUAGGCGAAAUGAGCAUCAAGUACGGGCCAUUGUUCCAGAACCUGAAACAAGGGCGUGCAGCGGCAAACAAGGCCGUCAUGGACCUGCGCAUUUCUAGUGUGGCGUCCGGCUCGCAGAGCUAUAUCAUCCAUCCUACCACGUUGGAUUGCAUCGUACAGGCUACCUAUGAAGCCUUGCCCGAUGGCACGAGCAAAAGGUUCAUUGUCCUUCCGAGAUCUGCCCAGAGCAUGUUCAUCCCACGACAUGUGCACCAGCGCGCAGGCGAGAAGCUGCAUGUCUUUACUGAAUUACAACAGUCGCACAGAAAGGGGUUUACCUCGGCAGUGGUGGUAGCGAAUGCUGGCGACACGGCAUUGUCACCUCUCCGGAUAGAGAACCUCUUCUGCCAGGCUAUUUCUCGAGGCAAUAAUAGCACAACCAGUGACCCAGAGUUGGAGGUAUCGCAGUACCAAAGCCUCUGGAAGCUAGAUGUCCUCCAUGGUAUCCCAAAGACCAUGAAGGAUUCUAUGCGCAUCACAUUAGCCGAUGACGACACAGCCUAUGAAAAGAAGAUGCUGCGGGCUUCGUAUUACUUGAUAUCGAAUGCUGUGUCUCAGCUGGAAAAUGAGACGAAACACGACUGGACCGAGUACCGCAAGAUGAUGUCCAAUUGGAUGUUAGAAAUGGUCAAUGUCGGGAAGAAAGGUGAGCUCGGCUCUGGAAGCAAGAUGUGGUCCAGGGCGACCAAAGGAAUGAAGCAGGGACUUUUCGACGAACUCAGUCGUGGAGAUGCUUCUGGUCAGCUUCUUGUGCGGGUCGGAGCAAAGAUGGCCGAGAUCCUACGCGGUCAUAUCACACCUCUUGAGCUGAUGGUGGAGGGAGAUCUCCUGAACAAGUAUUAUAUGGAGCUGCCCAUGCUCAAAUCCCGCAGCUACAAGCAUGUGGCCCAUCUGACCAGACUGUUCGCUGUCAAGAACCCCGGUGCGGAAGUACUCGAGAUUGGAGGUGGCUCUGGAGGGGCUACUCAAGUCAUACUCGACGCAUUCGGGGCUGGAGGUGGUAGUGCGGGCUCCUUACUAGGUCGAUACACCUUCACCGACGCGUCACCAAACUCUUUGGAGCUUGCGCGUCAGAAUCUGGCUUCUUGGGGCGGCUUGGUCGAUUUUCAGGAGCUCGAUAUCGAGAAGGAUGCCCCUGGCGAGGCAGAUGCCGUCAUCACGGGGAGUUUUGACUUCAUCGUGGCGUCUAUGGCGUUCAGCAAGACAAAAAGCAUAGAGCAGGCAUUGCAGAAUAUCCGGAAGCUGCUUAAGCCCAGCGGCAAGCUUCUCCUAGUGGAGCCCACGCGAAACAAACUCGAUAUUCAGCUUAUCUCUCGCACAUUGCCUGGGUGGUGGUCAAGUGAAGAGCAAGGCCGCAGGAUGAGUCCCCAUGUCCGCACAGAGGCGUGGGAUGAAGCGCUCCGUAGUACGGGUUUCACGGGCGUGGACUUCGAGAUUGGAGACUGCGAGCAGACCCAGUUCCAGUGCUCGAGCACGAUUCUAUCAACUGCCGCCGCACCCCUGUCAUUGCCAUCGGCUGUGAGCGUCGUGUACACAGCCCCGGUGCCUGAGGCCUGGAACGCGCAGCUCUCUGACGCCAUCCAGAAAAAGGCUGGCAUUUCCGUACGGGCAGAGAGCUUGGACCAAGUCGAGCCCGAAGACAAGGUGUAUAUCUUCACCGGAGAUAUGACUGGGCCCUUCGUCAAUGGGAUGGACCAAGCCUCGUUCCAUAGACUCCAGCAACUUAUCGUUCGCAGUCGUGGAGUCUUAUGGCUCAGCUGUGGUGGCGCCGUAGAUGCUCAGAGCCCGAUACACGCCCAAUCCCAGGGAUUAUUGCGCACAUUGCGGCAAGAGAAUGCCAGCACACGUUACAUCCAUCUGGACUUUGAGCAGACGAAAGAGGAGCUUUGGACGCUUGACAAGAUUGAUCACAUCGUUUGCGUACUGCAGCAGUCGAUGGACGAUAAUAUCGGUUUGGAUAGUGUGGACUGGGAGUAUGCCGUCAAGGACAAUGUGCUGCACAUUCCUAGGGUCUUCCCUGAUGACGGGGAGAUUGCAGCCCCCAAGCCCCAUGAGCAACCAUUUCACCAACCGGGUCGAACAGUGGUAUGGCAAUCCGAGAAGUCCAUAUUUGCAGAGAGUGGUCAAAUUAAAGUCAGCGUCUCUCGUGGCAUGGUGCAGAUUGAGGUCAGAGCCUUUGGCCUCCGACCACGGCACACUGCAACUGAUGACGAAGACAUUGCGGUGUACGAUUUGGCUGGUGUUGUCAGUCAGUGCGGCGCCGAUACGGAAGAAAGUGGGCUCCGAGCCGGGGAUAGAGUCAGUGGUCUGGCUAAGGGGCCCUUUGCAAGCACGGCACAAGCCCAUUGGACCGCAGUCGUGAAGGUUCCUGACAACAUGUCAUUUGUGGACGCGGCGUCUAUACCCAUCGCGUAUGCCGCAGCAUACCACUCGCUAAUAGACAUCGGACGGCUGAGACGGGGCGAGUCGGUGCUGAUCCAUCCGGCCACAGACGAUGUGAGCCAAGCUGCCAUUAUUGUGGCUCAGCAUACAGGCGCCGAUGUGUUCGCCACCUUUGACAGUGACUCGGAACGAGCUAUAUUGCUCGAUAAGUAUAACCUCCCAACAGAUCGGGUCAUCUCCAGUCAUGACAUGAGUAUAAGCGCGACUCUGAAAGUCCAGACGAGGGGAAAGGGCGUUGACGUUGUCCUUGGCUCAUCAUCGAGCUUGUCUCUCGACGCUGUGCAGAAUUGCAUUGCCCGGUUCGGUCGGAUAGUCCAGACUGGGGCUGCCAGUGCGCACACCGGCCAAACAUGGAACGUGACAUUCCUGGGGCAAAGCACAACGUACGCGUGCGUGGAUGUGAUGGAGGUGGCCGAAUACAACGGCCACGUCUUUCGGGAUGCGAUGGAGAAGGGUGUUCAGAUCUGUCACAGCACGAGGCAGGGCUUGCCUCCAGUCUGGCCCGUAGCGCAGUACCCGGUUUCGCAGAUGGAAGAGGCGGUAAGGCAACGAAUGCAGAAAGGCCAUGCCACCAAAGUGGUAGUGCUCGUUGAGCCCGAGGACCUCGUGAAUGUUAUCACUCCACCGCAGCUGGUGUCGCUCGCUGAACCGAACGCGACAUACCUGGUUGUUGGCGGGUCUGGUGGCCUUGGUCGGGUGAUUGUAUCCUGGAUGAUGGACAAUGGAGCCAGGAACAUACUCAUCGUCUCUCGUAACGCCGAUAAACAUGCAGACGCGUUGGCACUUCUAGAGAGGGCCAAACGGGAGGGGCGCAAUCUUCAGAUUCAGAACUGCGAUAUUGCAUCCGAGAAAGGCCUCAUCGUGCUUCUCGAACGUGUGCGCGGAUCCAUGCCGCCCAUCCGCGGAGUUGUGGAUGCCGCCAUGGUUCUUGAGGAUUCGGUGUUUGAGCGCAUGACGUACGACCAGUGGAAGCGCACUGUGCUUCCCAAGGUCGUUGGUACGACCAACUUGGACAAGCAUCUACCUCCUGACAUGGCUUUCUUCAUCCUUUUGUCCUCGGUGACGGGCGUGGCGGGCCACCUCUCGCAGGCCAACUACUCGGCAGGCAACACGUUCCAAGAUGCCUUUGCCCGCCAUCGGGUGGCGAGAGGGAAGCCUGCCAUCAGCAUCGACCUCAGCGCCGUGACUGACGCGGGAGUCGUUACGGACGACGCCGCUGCCAAGAAGCGGAUCGAGGCACUUGGGUCGAAAUCGAUUCCCGUCCAAGCCGUACUGAAUGUGCUAGAGAAGGCCAUCCAGCGGCGACCCGUCGCCCCCGAAGCAGCCCAGGUGAUUGUCAACCUGAAGCCGUGGAGUGAGCUGGCACCCGACGCCACGGUGCGUCUGGACCGGCGUUUCGGUACUUUACGAUUGGGACUGCGGCGCGCCGACGGGGCGUUGGCUGCUGGAGCCUUGGAAUCGCAGAACCUGAGCCCAUCGGUGAUGCUUGCGCAGGCGCUCAGUCAGGCUCAGGCCAAUGGCAAGGACGCGGCGGGAGAGAUGGGCGAGGCUGUGGCGCGAGCACUGGCGACACGGCUAUCGACCAUUUUCAACAUCAACGCUGACGAGAUUGACUUGGGGCUGCCAUUAACGACCUACGGAGUUGAUUCACUCGUUGCGGUCGAGCUGCGGAACUGGCUGGCGGCGGCUGGCGGCGUCAAGAUAUCAAUCUUCGAGAUCCUGCAGGCUGCUUCAUUACACGAGAUUGCGGCUUUGGUCAUGUCCAGAAGAGAGGCGAGGUGA